AUGGCGGCGACGGAGCUCAGAGGAGCGCUGGGCCCGGGCCCGGCCACCAUGGCGGCCCCGGGCGGCGGCGGCGCCGGUCCCCCCGGGGUGGGAGGUGGAGGCGCCGGCGGCCGCGGAGACUCCGGGCCGGGCCCCGGGCUUGUACCGGGCGCGGCGGCCACGGUGGCGGCGGGCGGCCCGAGCCCUGGGGCCGGGGCAGUGGCGGCGGCGGGCCCGGCUCCCGCGCCGCCGGCGGGGGGCUCGGGCGCCGGGGGCUCGGGCUCGGGCUCGGCUCGCGAGGGCUGGCUCUUCAAAUGGACCAAUUACAUCAAAGGCUACCAGCGGCGGUGGUUCGUGCUGAGCAACGGGCUCCUCAGCUACUACAGGUCGAAGGCAGAGAUGAGGCACACGUGCCGCGGCACCAUCAACCUCGCCACGGCCAACAUCACGGUGGAGGACUCCUGCAAUUUCAUCAUCUCCAAUGGGGGCGCGCAGACCUACCACCUGAAGGCGAGCUCGGAGGUGGAGCGGCAGCGCUGGGUCACGGCCCUGGAGCUGGCCAAGGCCAAGGCGGUGAAGAUGCUGGCCGAGUCAGAUGAGUCAGGAGACGAAGAGUCCGUCUCCCAGACCGACAAGACGGAGCUGCAGAACACCCUGCGGACCCUGUCCAGCAAGGUGGAGGACCUGAGCACCUGCAACGACCUGAUUGCCAAGCACGGCACAGCGCUGCAGCGCUCGCUCAGCGAACUGGAGGCCCUGCGGCUGCCGGCCGAGAGCAGCGAAAAGAUCAAGCAGGUCAACGAGCGCGCCACGCUCUUCAGGAUCACGUCCAACGCCAUGAUCAAUGCCUGCAGAGAUUUCCUCGUGCUGGCCCAAACCCACAGUAAGAAGUGGCAGAAGUCCCUGCAGUACGAGAGGGACCAGCGCAUCCGCCUGGAAGAGACCCUGGAGCAGCUGGCGAAGCAGCACAACCACCUGGAGAGGGCCUUCCGGGGGGCCACUGUGCUGCCUGCAGGCGCGCCUGGCGCCGGCUCCAGCAAAGAUCAGUGCUGCUCUGGCAAAGGCGACCUGAGUGAUGAGGAUGACGAGAACGAGUUUUUUGACGCCCCUGAGAUCAUCACCGUGCCCGAGAACUUGGGCCACAAACGCACCGGCAGCAACAUCAGUGGAGCCAGCAGCGACAUCAGCCUUGAUGAGCAGUACAAGCACCAGCUGGAGGAGACCAAAAAGGAGAAGCGGACGCGGAUACCAUACAAGCCGAACUACAGCCUGAACCUGUGGAGCAUCAUGAAGAACUGCAUCGGCAAAGAGCUCUCCAAGAUCCCCAUGCCGGUGAACUUUAACGAGCCCUUAUCCAUGCUUCAGCGCCUCACUGAAGACCUGGAGUACCAUGAGCUGUUAGACCGGGCUGCCAAGUGUGAGAACUCUCUAGAACAGCUCUGUUAUGUUGCAGCUUUCACCGUGUCCUCCUACUCCACUACUGUCUUCCGUACCAGCAAGCCAUUCAACCCACUCCUUGGGGAGACCUUUGAGCUGGACCGGUUAGAGGAGAGUGGCUACCGAUCCCUCUGUGAGCAGGUGAGCCACCACCCCCCAGCGGCUGCACACCAUGCUGAGUCCAGAAACGGCUGGACACUGCGGCAGGAGAUCAAGAUCACCAGCAAGUUUCGUGGCAAAUACCUCUCCAUUAUGCCCCUCGGUAGCAUCCACUGUAUUUUCCAUGCAACUGGGCACCACUACACUUGGAAGAAAGUGACUACAACAGUGCACAACAUCAUCGUGGGCAAAUUGUGGAUUGAUCAGUCUGGUGAGAUUGACAUCGUGAAUCACAAGACAGGGGACAAGUGCAAUCUGAAAUUUGUUCCUUAUAGCUACUUCUCUCGGGAUGUCGCGAGAAAGGUGACGGGGGAGGUGACCGACCCGUCGGGCAGAGUUCACUUCGUGCUGCUGGGCACAUGGGAUGAGAAAAUGGACUGCUUCAAAUCGCAGCCGGUCCCCGGGGAGAACGGGGGUGACGCCCGGCAGCGCGGCCAUGACGCGGAGGAGAGCAGGGUGCUGCUCUGGAAGCGGAACCCUCUACCGAAGAACGCGGAGAACAUGUACUACUUCUCCGAGCUGGCUCUGACCCUCAACGCCUGGGAGGCCGGCACCGCGCCCACGGACAGCCGGCUGCGGCCUGACCAGAGGCUGAUGGAGAACGGGCGCUGGGACGAGGCGAACGCGGAGAAGCAGCGCCUGGAGGAGAAGCAGCGGCUUGCGAGGAAGAAGCGCGAGGCCGAGGCCGUGAGGGCCACGGAGGACGGCACGGCCCACGACCCCUACAAGGCUCUGUGGUUCGAGCGCAGGAAGGACCCGGUGACCCGGGAGCUGACGCACAUCUACCGCGGCGGCUACUGGGAGUGCAAGGAGCGGCAGGACUGGGACUCGUGCCCCGACAUCUUCUGA